AUGCUAUUCUCAAUGGAAUCUAUACUAUCUUCCAAGCCUAAAAAAGACUUGGAACUUCCGCCAAAGUUGGAUCCAGAAAUCACCACCAACGAAGAAGGGACACCUCCACGGAGCAAUACUAGGCUUUCGGAGCCAUCGACGUCUUCAGAAGACAAUUUGGUGAAGGUUGAAGCUGAAAGUAGAAAGAGGAGUAGGUCUCUGGGAGAUGAUCCAGCCGAAGAUGAUGAUGAGCCUGUCAGGAAAUCAGCUAAAAGGAAUAAUUCGACUUCUACCACUGCCGAAAGUUCUUCAGAUGAUCAGAGUGGGAAAGAUGAGAAAGAAGAAGAUGACGACGAUGAAGAUUCAUCUGUUCCACCUACCUCUAUGUCUGGCCACCGAAAAAGUAGCCACUCGAAACCACCGUUCUCCUACAUUGCUCUCAUUUCAAUGUCAAUUAUCAAUUCACCCGAGAAGAAACUGACGCUCUCUGAGAUUUGCGAUUACAUCAUGAACCGCUUCGAGUACUACAAGGAAAAGUUCCCAGCGUGGCAAAACUCGAUUCGACACAAUUUGAGUCUCAAUGAUUGCUUCGUAAAAGUGCCACGGGGACCAGGAAAUCCAGGAAAAGGAAACUAUUGGACACUGGAUCCAAACAGUGAAGACAUGUUUGACAAUGGAUCGUUUUUGCGAAGAAGGAAGAGAUUCAAAAAGACGUCCGAUGACUAUCCGGUGCUACCCCACAAUACGAUGCCUUACCCUUCAUUUAUGCCCCCAGGAAUGGUCCUCCCUCCCCGUAUGAUGUAUCCAAUACCAACAAUUCCAAUGAUGGCUCCACCUCAUCCGAUGAACCCUCGAAACAUGCCUGCAUUCUACCUUCCUCCCCCAAUCGAUAGUCAAAAACUUUUAUCCAUGAUGGCUGCUAGAGCCAUGCCAAGUGAUUCUCCUUCUAAUUCAAGUCAGAAGAGAUCCUCAUUGAAUUCGUCCCCCAAUGAGAAUGGAACUUCACCGAGAUCCGAGUGA